AUGGCCCGACCAUUCUCGCCCUCGUCCAUGCCGUCGUACGGUGCCACGCCUCGAGUAGCGACACCGCCAUUGAGUGACGAUGUUGAGCCAAACUCGUCGUCAUCGGCGACGCGAUCGACUCGGAUCUGUCGGUCGCUCGUGGUCCGAGCUGCAGCCCAUGACCAAGGGGUCGGGGCGACGCUGUACUGCCGAGUGAGUAUCUGGUCAAGCCGAGCUUCAACUUGUGAAAACUCAGCUGAUAUGGGACGCGUCCACCCGUGACAGAUCGCGAUUCCAGCUUCAAUGUCAACCGCCACGGGGAGCCCAUCCGACUACGCAUCGACGCAGCGCACCAUUCCUUUCCUCACCCUGCCCGUCACUGCUCAACUCAAGCACUACUCUUCCUACCCUCUCCCCUUGGAGACCUCUCUGCACGCCUCCGUCACCGAAGCAGCCCAGGCGGCGCACAUCCUCGGCAUCGCUGCAGACGACUCGCAGCACCUCUCUGGUCGAACUACACCCUCGGGUCGAAGAUCGAGUCUGGCCACCUCUCGCCCUUCUAUACCGCACAACAGGGAGAUUAGGAUAUUCAGGACCUCCCAGGAUGCGAACGAGAUAUCGCUCGUUGUCGAAUACGAAGCCGCUUCCGGUGUCGGUCUGGGCAGGCCAACAAGUCCCUUGCCUCCGGUGGGUCCGAUUGACGAGGCGGGGGAGAAGAACGAGUGGAUCCUCGUCUUGCGAAUCGAGUCGCAGUUUGGGGACUUGAAGCUACCUCGCUUCCCCAACAAGGUACCGUCACUUGACUGUUCACUCUCCUCAAUUUCGGAAACUAAUCCGCAAAGAAUCUUCACGCAGGUCGUGAUCCCCGUACCGGCGUGUCUACGCAAUCUCUUGACAUUCGAGCUACCCUCGCCGUCGUCGAUAGCUUCGACUUCUUUAUCCGCGUCUACUGAGGGCCAGUGGGGUCUCUCGAUGAAGCCGGAUCUGCGGAACCUCUCGAGCAAACUUUCCACCGUCACGUCCUUGCCCACGACCUCGUUCACCGGAUCCUUCAAGUCGACGUCCUCUGUCGUGCUGUCUUGGAACCGGCUUGACUCGCCUCCAGCCAAUUUCAUCAUCCCACAUUCGCACCUCGAUGUGAGAUGGAACAUUGGGCCGACGGGCACCGGCCGAGCCAUGCUCGCGUGCACGGGCGACUUUGAGUAUUCGGGGCUCAAGGACAAACGAUGGAUUGAAAUCAUCAUUUCGCAUCUCGCUCGUGAGCAUGUGGACCAGAGAGAUGUCGUACAAGUGGCAGAAGUUAGGGGUGCAGGUGUGCUCAAAUGGGACGUCGCGGCAUCUUCGAGCACGACGACACGGACUCGCACAAAACGACAGCCAUGUGAAACUCCCCUAGCAGUGCAGUCGAUGGCGCAUGCGACUCCGACCACGCAGGCUCGACCUCGCGCCCUUGGUAUCGCUGAAAGUGGCCCUCUUUCCUACACCUCGCUAUUCGACACGACUGCGCCCGAAGCACCCGAAAUCGACCCUGGCCUGGCCGCACGCAUCGAUCCCGACCGCGUGCAAGCCAAGCUGAAGGAGCCGAGUCUUCUGCGGCAGGUGGCGCCGUUUCCUUCGCAGGCGGAUGAUUCUGUCGACGACUCGCUCGAGGACACUUCCGAAAAUGAGAGCCUCGUAUCCGAGGCAAUACCGAUGGAGAUCGCGGGCUCUGUCACACCCCAAAAGGCCGCUUUGAUCGACUCUUGGUUGACUAGCUCGUCCGAGUCGGAGCCCGAGCCCAGCGAGGAGAUCAGAGAAGCCGAUAGCGACAGUGAAGACGAGUCUAGCACUGUACAGCGAACCAUCGUUCGCGUCCAACUAGAUCUCAGCACCCUUUUGACGCCCGAAGCCAUGCCAAAUCCUGCGUUUGCGUUCGAAAUGGACCUCGAGUUCGCAUCGGGCGCACUGCGAUCUUCGACGGAGGUUGCAGAGUCCGGUCCUGCUUCCAAAUCGAUUGGCCCACUACGCCUCGUCCUGCCCAACUUUUCGAUCGCCGCUGCUGCGCAAGAAGAUGCCGUCGUUUCGGUUUCCGCCGGCGAUGGUCGAAGCGUCGAGAUGCUGGCUUCGAACUCAAUGCUCGACGGCGACUUCGAGCGAUCCCAGUUCGACUCGCCCUUGCCCGCCGCAGGGGGUAAAGCUCGCUGGAGAACGGAACGAAACGCUUCGGACGUGGAGCAGCACGAGCUUGUCGAGGUCGAGAUCGUCACUCGUCCGGUCGCUCAACCCUAUCCGGCCAAGAGUCGGAUCGACCUCGACGACAUGGACUCUUCUCCCGAUGGCUCCGCAGCCGAGGACGAGGCAUCUCCUUCCCUGGCCCGAGCUCGAAGAGGGCCUGCGCGCAAGCGAGCUUUACCACCAUUGCUUCGUCGCACGACCUCGGCGCAGUCCCUUCGAUCGCAGUCCUCACAACCUUCGCUCACUUUGGGGCACCGCAUGUCCUCUUCUUCCCUCGUCGGGCUAGCGGCUUCGAACUUGGGUCUCGUCAAGUUGAGGAUCACGCCGGUGCCGCCUUUGGCACCCUAUCAGCCGUGGCGGCUGUUCAGUCAUCUCACACUCGCCAGACCCGUCGGAUCACUCGAGCUUCCCCUCCGAGGCGGGAGUGAUCAGAAAGUCGAAGUGUGCGACACGUGGGAUGCUCGCGGUCUUUCGACCGAGGUGGAAACGGAAACGAAGGAGGGGAAGGUCAUCGUCGAAGGGGAAGUGUCGAAUAAUCGGAUGACGGUGCGCGAGUCGCCGAGAGAGGCACGUCAACGCCAGGGGGGGAUGAAGGAGAUGUUGUACAAGGUCGAAAUGAUGCAGGAAGGCGAUAGCGUUGAGAUUGGUGACGUCUUGCCCGCUUUCGAUGUCAAGGUCGCCAGCAUGGAGGUCGAAGUCGUUCCUGUCGCAGGUGAGUUAACGAUUCAUGCGAUGUGACCCACGCCGAGGAAAAAGUUCAGGAAGCUUAGACAUUGUUGUGUUACAGGGUACGAUUUGAAAAUGGACGGGCAGACUUUUGACUCGGCCACGCCUGUAGUCGAAGGCAAGCCGACAACGUUCUCAAAAUUCCAAAUCGCUCCACGGGACAUGUCCAAACUUUCCAUCCACCUCGAGGCCAAGGUCGCCACACCGCCCGCAUCACCAAGCACGAGCGUCGGCUUUGUGUCCUCGCCGACCAUCCUACCCUCGCCAUCACCUCUAGCUAUGCAAGCGGUCGGCUCACCCGCGUCUGCGAUGGGGACGCCGCCACUUUCUCCGAUCCCGGCCCUCGAACUCGACAACCAAGUUGUGCCACAAAAUAAUCUCAGCAACACUUCCCGUCCAUGGACUUGGCCACUUCUGGCUAUGCUCGCUUCGAUCCUGUUGGGCUUCAUCGCCCGCCCCGAGUCGUUCGCUUCGAUGUAUGAGCUGGCCACGCAGCCGAGGUUCUCGGCGCCGUCUUCAUUCCCUGCAGUACCUCUGUCGUCUGCGGGCGUCCACACCGAGGUCCUACCGCUCCUCACCCUCGAUGCUGCUCCCGUUGUAUCUCCGACAACGGCACCCUCGGCGCCAGCACCCACACCUGCUCCGAUAGAAGUGGAGGACAUCCCCUCUCCGCCGAGUCCCAGCCCUCUCUCCGAUGAGACCCUUAUCCCCCAACCCUCUUCAAACAUCAACCUAUCCCCAGGUCCAACCCUUGGUACAGCGCUUGUCACCUUUGUGCAGCGAAUGCAGUCCGAGGUUAAAGCGAGGAUAGAGGAUCUUCUUUGGGUCGUCAUGUCGCUCAUAGGAUUGUCGUAA